UUAUCUGCAAGCAAAGAUCUGGCAAAAAUCAAGGGAUCAUUUUCAGAUAUUCAUUUACUUUAGGUAAAGAAAAAUGCUUGUUAGAUACAAUAAGCUGUCUUUUUCCAGGGUCAUUUUUUUAAUCAGUAAAUUAAUUGUCAAUAGAGAAAUGCAAAGAAUGCAAAAUAAAGUUGAUCCUGGGGACCUGGUCAUCCAUAAAUAGGGGUUUUAUGCAGUUUAACUUUGUUUUGUCAUUUCAUAUUUAGUCCUACCUACCUCUUUCCUCCUUUCCAAGCAGAAAGAUGCUCUCUCUUUCUGCUCUUCAAUGAUCUUUAUCCGUCCGAGAUAAGGGUACACUUCUCUAUUCUUCAUCAACAAUCUGUUUCUUCUAGCUCAAGAAAUGGAUUCUUCCAAGUACCAUUUCAGCUCAGAAGGGUGUAGCAGCAGUGAGUCCGGGUGGACAAUGUACAUCGACUCUCCCGUGCAAGAAGAUGAUGUUGACUGCAAUAACGAUGAUGAAGAAGAUGACGACAAUUAUAGUAAGAAAUAUACCAAUAUUGAUGAUCGAGAAGAUAACAAGGAAGAGAGUGAUGAUUCAAUGGCUUCAGAUGCUUCUUCUGGUCCAAGUCAUCAACAAAAACGUGUAAAUGCUGAAAGUACUCACAGCAAUAUACCAAGUACUUCUAAACCAGGUAAGGUUGAUCAAUUUAGAAAGUUCUUCUCAUUCAAGAAAGACAAUGAGAAAAAGAGUGGUGAAACCAGUACUAAAUAUAAACAUAGAAAUGAUGCUCAGAAGAAACACUACAAAUAGUGCGGAAUUCAAUUUGUGCAACCAUGUAAAAUUCUGUGUAGAGAUGAGGCAAGUAAAUGUAGUUUAUCAUAUAUCUCUUUUUACAGAAUGGAAGAAUAUAUAAAUUUCAUAUUGAAUUUUAACA